GUCCGAUCCCUCGCAGGGAAGAAGGUCGGCAGCCGCCUCUGCUGCUGCCGCCGCCAUCGCGCGCCCUUGAGUGGACAGUCCUUGCUCUUGUCUUCCGUUGUGAUGCUGCCGCCUCGAGGUCAGGGGACACUCACGCGGGGGACCUCGCCACAGGGCAAGAGCCAGGCUGGCUGUGCAGACGCAGUGGGCCCCUCCGCGGCCCGCUCGGGCAGCCUCGCGGCAUUCCCCAUGGCGGGCGACUGGGCUUCGGCGACGCUGAUGACGUUCCGGAUGCGCUGGAUCCCCGCCCCCGGGCCUGAAGCAGUCGCCAAGCAUCCUUCUCUGAAAGGCUAGCGCAAGGCUCAGACAGCGCGAGCAGCUUCUGAAGUGGUCUC